GCUUUCGGCAACAUGACGUCACUUCCUGUAUGUAGGGGGAGACCAAAUGACAGCUGGUUUGUUUUCAUCAACAAGGGGGAUCCAGUGUGGACAUAAAGUGACAUGCGGUGAUCCUCCUCACUUAUCUGGUCAGACAAGAGCGCCAAUAAGGGGAGCAGCGUUUUCUUUCUGCAGACUUCUCCUCUCUCCUUCCAUCCAUUCUGGAGUCGCCCGUACAGAAACAGCACCAGACAGCUGACUGCGGCCGCAUCAAACCAGACGCUGGUUCAGCUGAAGAGGAGGCCGCUGUUCAGGAAAGCGUCAUGGAGCCUCCAGAAGACAGGGAAGGUCGUUCCUUUGUGGAGGUUAUCAAUGAGAAGUACAGCCCAGAAAACUUCCCGUACCGCAGAGGCCCUGGGAUGGGAGUGGUGGUGGUUCCCACUGCAGGUCUCCAGGGUUCCCCCAUGAAGGACCGUCUGAACUUGCCCAGUAUGCUGGUGCUGAAUGGUUGUGGGAUCAGCAAAGCAGGAGACCAGGCUGAGAUCGCUGCCUUCUGUGCUCAUGUCAUUGAGCUGGAUCUAUCGCACAACAAUCUUCAAGACUGGCAAGAAAUCAAUAAAAUUAUAUCAAGCAUCCCCAAUCUGGAGUUCCUCAACCUGAGCUCCAACCCGCUGGCAGGAACCACUCUUGAGCCGCAGUGUGCUGAAGCCUUUUCACGAGUGCGACGCCUUGUUCUCAACAACACUCAGAUAUCCUGGGAUACAGUGAUGCUGCUGACCCAGAACAUCCCUGAGCUAGAGGAACUGUUCCUGUGCCUUAACGAGUACAGUAGUGUGAGUGCCUCCAGCGUGGCCUGUCCCACCCUGCGCCUCCUUCACAUCACAGACAACAGCCUCCACGACUGGGCCGAAGUGGGCAAGUUUGGCUCCAUGUUCCCCAGCCUGGACACUCUGAUCAUGGCCAACAACAACUUGGCCUCCAUUCAGGACAACAAGGAUAUCCUGGCACGACUCUUCCCCAACCUGCGCAGGAUCAACCUAAACAACUCAGGUCUCAACCGAUGGGAAGACAUUGAGAAGCUGAACUUCUUUCCAAAGUUAGAGGAGGUGCGACUGCAGGGCAUUCCCUUACUGCAGCCUUACACCAAGGCAGAGCGCCGCAACCUCAUGAUAGCACAGCUUCCCUCAGUGUCCCAUCUAAAUGGUAGUGUUGUGACUGACAGCGAGCGAGAGGAUGCAGAGAGGUUCUUCAUCCGUCACUACCUAGACUGCCCCGAGAAGGAGCUACCGUUCAGAUACCAUUCCCUGAUAACCAAAUACGGCAAGCUGGAGCCGCUCGCUGAAAUCGACCUCAGACCUCGCUGCAGGGCUCAGGUUGAAGUUCACUGUGAGGAGAAAGUAGAACAGCUGUGCAUCCGUUUGGACCAAACCGUUGCCGAGCUGAAAAAGCAGCUGAAGACUGUGGUCCAGCUCUCCACCAACAGUAUGAGGCUUUACUACAUCGACAAGGACAGCGCCUUUGGGCCAGAGGAAUUGAAGUACAACAACCGGGCUCUCCACUCCUACAGCAUCCAGGACGGUGGUGAAAUACUGGUAGUGCCCAAGACCAAGUAGAAGCCUUUUGUUUAGAAGCUUGAUAAGAAAGAUUUAGAUGUCUAGAACUAUGUUGAUUGCUUAAUUGUUAUUGCUUGGAAACACUUCUGAAACAGCAAAGGUGGCGUGUCUUGUUGAAUGGAGAGAGGCAGUAAAAGGAUGAACGCCAUCUUGGAGACUGGAAAAAGAAACUACAGUGGGCCGCCGGUUGGCUCUCGCUGAAAGUCCGGAGAUGAUAUAUUUCAGCUUUAUUUAAAGAGAAACUCACGUGAGUUGAAAGAUUUUUCAUGCUAGAGGCUAAGAGAGCAACAUGGAUUCUGCUUGCAGCGUUAGCAGACAGGAGGGCACUGCAGCAAAUCUCAGCUGCUUAUUUAUUACACGGCAUCCACCAAAGCACCUUCACGGACAAAUGCCCAGCACUGCUCGCUUGCCCACCUGUUCAACAGCUACCCUGGUUUUGGCAUAACAAGAACCUGUUGCCAUGUGGAGACGGACGGCUGCUCUCAGGUGCACUUUGGCCUUCGAUACUACAGAAAAUCUGCCUAAAUUAAAAUGUCAAACGCAGGAUGGGGGAUAAAACUGGGUCCAAUUCUGUUGGAGGAUAUUUUAGUCAUGUUUUUACAGUCCUUAUGAAACUACAAGAAAUAUUAAACUGACCACCCCACCAGUAUUGUGUAGCUUACAUAGACUGAUGGUCCACGAUUGGUGCUUUUAUGAAACAAUAAUCGCAGUUACAGUCUAGUUUCCAACCAGAAAUUGAUAUAAGCUAAGUGUAAAAUGUGUUUCCUGUUGGCAAACAAUAAGAAAGUUGAUAGGAAAUUAAUAGAAAGAGCUUAAUUAUACCAGUUUAUCACAACAAAUCCUCAGCUGCCACUAUUAUGUAAAAUCACAUUACACUGAGAUGUGAUAUUUGAUAUCACAAACCUCUUCUUUAGUGUAUUCACUCACACAACCACAGGUGUUUAAUGUUGUAUGCUGCCCCCUGCAGGGGGUUGUGAUGCAUAAACACAACUUGAAUGACAAUCUUUGUGAUCAGCCUUUAUGAUUAGACAAGUGUGUUUGAUUUAACAGUUCUCAUUUAGUUUUGUAUGUUUAAUAAUUCAAAAAGGGGAUUCUAUUCGGCAGAUUAAUUUAUCUCUCUACAAACAGUAGAGGCCGAGAGAUGUUGGUAUGUCUGAUCAGUAUCAUCAUCUUUUAAACGUACAUUUCAAUUUUUAUUGCAUAAGCCUGCAACACAUUCCAAAUUAGACAUUUCAAGUAUUUCAGAGUGGAGAUGUUCUGUCAUCUGAAAAUCAACCAGUUUUCUUUAAAGCACAACAGUAAGAAGUUUUCAUCCUCUUCAGACAUUUGGUUUUAAAUUUCUCCACAGAUUCUCUUUUUUACAUCAGAUCAUAAUCAUAUUUGGGACAGUCUCUUUUCUUCCUCUGCCAUAACUUUGUAAGGUAUGGAGAGUAAUAUUUUACACUGCCUUUUUGAGAAACGUGUGAACCUCCUAGGGGAAGACCCACAUGUUGUUCUGAAAUCUCUGCUGUGCUUUUGUGCAUCAAUGCAGAUAUUAUAGAGGUGGAAAUGAGGGCUAGGUAAAAAAUUAAAAUAAUAAUAAAAAAUAAUCCUAGCCUUUGGAUGGGAUGUUGACACUCCUGUUCAUAUUCAGUCUGUGUACAGAAAUGAGCAGUUUAAGCCUGUGCACUAACACCAUAGUCAUUUCAUGAUAUUCUGGACUGUUAAGGGAGAAAUAUGCAAAUUCCAUUUGUAUUAAAGGAAUAUUGAUUUAGUGCCUUGCUAAAUAAUUCACACUUUUGCAUAGUUUGCCAAUUUGCAGUUAGGGGAUUUUGUGUGACAGACCAAACCAAAGUAGUAGACUGGGGAGGAAGAUUUAUUUUACUUAAUA